UAUGUGUGCUGCUAGAUGCUGUCGCUUCAGUUCGUUCGGUGUGGAACUGAACACAUAUAAAAGGACGAAAUCGCAUUAAGAAGUUAUUCGUGAUUUAACCUUGCAGUGAAAGUUAAAGUGAAAGUGCAGUUCCUGAACCGUGGUGGUUGUAGAGUCUAGCCAGUUUGUGUUCGGUCGAGUUCGGCCAGUUCCCAGCGAGUUACCCAACCUUGGGGGUAAUCGUGUGCAGUUCCGCUUUUCGACAGUUAGCUGAAGACGUCAGCAGUAUUCAAAAUUUUUGAUUAAAGGCAUACUCUAAAAUGGCUUCGCAAAAAACCGCCUUCAAAAAAAACAGAUCAAGAGUGUCUCUUUCUUUGGAAAUGAAGCUCAAUAUUUUGGAUGCCCUUCAAGAUGGGAAAUCUGUUGCAAACGUCGGCAGGAAUUUAAAAAUCAACGAAUCGACUGUGCGUACAAUUAAAAAGAAUCAAGAUAGCAUCAGACAGACAGCAGCUCAGGGCACUAUCUAUGCAACAAAAUCCUCAUCAUAUACACGAGAUCCAUUGAUGGUCAAGAUGGAAAAGGCACUUCAUAUGUGGAUCGAAGAUCACGCGCAGAAGAAAAUACCCUUGGAUCAGGAAUUAAUAAGGGAGAAAGCUUUGAGCCUUUACCUUUGGUUAGAGAAGAAUGAGCCGUCUUCAAGUAAAAAGAAAGACUUUACCGCGAGUAAGGGAUGGUUUUAUAACUUUAUACGUAGUAAUUCCAUUCGCAACGUUAAAAUCAAGGGUGAAUCCGCAUCGGCCGAUGUUUCGGCUGCAAAUAGUUUUCCUCCAAAGCUCGCUAAGAUCAUAAAAGAAGGUGCGUAUCAUGGUGACCAAGUGUUCAAUGGAGAUGAAACGGGUCUUUUUUGGAAAAGAAUGCCGUCUCGUACCUACAUUACGCAGCAGGAGCAAUAUGCCAGUGGUUUCAAAGCGGCCAAAGACAGGGUUACCCUGUUAUUUUGCAGUAAUGCUUCAGGCGACCUUAUGUUGAAACCGCUAUUGAUCAAUCGUGCUAUGACGCCCCGCUCGUUGAAGGGGGCUGAUUUCAACAAACUGCCAGUGCACUGGAAAGCUAACACUAAAGCGUGGGUCACAAAAGCCGUUUUUGAGGAAUGGUUUUACGAUAUGUUUAUUCCGGAAGUGAAAACAUACUUGGAAGGAAAAGGUUUGGAGUUCCACGUGCUUUUGAUUUUGGAUAACGCUCCAGGACACCUAGUUAUCAAGCACCCAAACGUUCAAGUUGUGUUUCUUCCACCGAAUACAACUUCUUUGUUACAGCCUCAAGAUCAAGGAAUAAUUGCUGCUUUCAAGAAGUUGUACAUUAAACAAUGUCUUCGGUACAUCCUCGAAAAGCUUGAAAGCGAUGAAACGAUGACGGUAAUUCAAGCGUGGAAAGAAUUUAAGAUAAGAGACGCUCUGACGUUCAUAGGAAAGGCUCUGUCUUCUAUGAAAUCUAAAACAUUGAAUUCGUGCUGGAAGCCACUAUGGCCAGAAUGCGUGAAAGCUGGUUCAACAGACCCUUCAAAUGUGGAAGAAUCAGAAAUUCUCAUUCUGGCACAUGCAAUUGGAGGGAAAGGAUUCAAAGAUAUGGAUAGUAGAGACGUUGAAGAGCUUCUUGAAGACACCGAAAUUGAAGAUGAUGAACUGAUGCAGAGUUUAGUCACAUCGGAGCCUUUAGAGGACGAUGAAGACCGGGAUAUCAAGCCAUGUGAUAUCGAAGACGGGAAUAAAUUAGCGGAUACCCUCGUAAAACAUUUUAUGGAAAAGGAUCCUUGUGUUGAGAGAGCCGUUUCAUUUCGGAAUGAUUUGAAACUGUGUAUGCUUCGCUACAAUAGAUUGAACGAAAAAACACAGCCAACAGUUAUCGAUGAAGAUGACGAGGAUUUCAGCUUACCAUUGGAACGCAGACGAUCUCGUCCGAUUUCUUCGGAUGAGGAAGAUAUCGCCACAUCAUCUAACCGCAAACAUCCACGUGUUGCUAAUGAUAGUGAUUAGAUCAAUAAAAGAAAUUCUUUUUUCCACUUGACUACAAUAAAAUUGAUUUAUGAAUACAUUGGUAAAAAUAUCAUGGUAAAAAACUAAAAAUAUGUUUAAUUAAAUUUGUCUAAAUUCCGAAAACAUUUGUUUGUAUUGUAAUUUUUUCAAAUUGCAAAAAUGCAAUUUGAAAAAAUUACUUUCGAACUACUGGACCGCUUCACAUGAUCGAUAUAUCAAAUUAAAGCCAAUUAGCUAGUCUUUCUUGAAAAAAUGUUAUACUAGCAAAACAGUUGGAUUUUGUUUUCGUAAUUAUUGAUUGUAUUUGUUUGCUUAUAGUUUACAUGAUCCAAGGACGCUAUAUUUUUUUAUGUUUCUUGAAAGUUCUGGUUUUUCCACACAAGAUAAUCGAAAAUCAGAAAUGUGAUUUUUAUCGUUUUCGAGUUAUGAGUUUGCCGAUGGUCCGAAAAAUCAGAUUUUUCUCUUUUUCUAUAAAUAACUUUUUUCUAGAAAGAAGAAGCUUUCAAGAAAAAAAUAUUUAAAAUAUAGUGCCCUUGGUCACGCAACCAUAUAAACUAUAAAAAACAAGUACAAUCAAUAGUUACGAAAACUUGGCAAAAUUGGUUGUACUGUUCGAAAAAUGAGAAAAAAUGUUACUCUAUGUUUCUAUAUUUUGUAUUUUAUAUGAAACAUCUAAAUUGGUAAAUUUUAUCAACAAUUAGAG